AGUCGUUGCUUAUCUCGAAUCAUGCACGAGUGACAAUUGUUUGAAACAGAGAGGUUUUAAAACGUGAUAUCUGAAUACAAUUUCUGUGUGCUUCAGAGGGAAAUAGAUUAAAAGCUUAGUGUCGUCUUGUGUAUGUGCCACAGCUUGUAAUGGUGUGUGAAUUUUCAGUGUGUUUCACGUAGACUUGGAACAGCGAGAAGAAUACAGCUUUGCAGAACACUGUGUGGCUCGAUACUUCUUGCAAUCUUGGAUCGUCAGUUGAGCAGGUGCGACGAGACAUGAGCGACACAGCUGAGGUGAAAAGCGAGGACAAGAAGGAGAUCGAGGACGAGGAGAGAGAGAAGAUGUUGAACGAGGAGAACAAGAGAACAGCGACAGGCGGCGAGGAAGAGGGCGAGAAGGAGGAGAAGCCACAGCAGGAGGUCGUGAUCAAACCGGCGAAGCGCGAAGGAGAAGGGGAGGUGGAGAAGAUGAAGAAGGCCCUCGAGGAGUCGGAGAAAGAGAGUGGAAAGAAGAAGAUACCGAUUGGUGGCAUCAAGAUGCCCGGAUUCCUCAGGAGUCGCUCCAGGGAGAAAACUAAGGAAGGCGAGCUGGAUGUUGAGGAAGGGCGCGACCUUUUGCAGGAACCGGCCAGCGUCGUGACGAACACGACUCCGACUGACAAAGGAGAGGAAAAGGAGCAGACGCCCCCCACCAAGGGACCUAGGCUGCCCACAUUGAAGCUGGCGAACCCUUUUUCGAAGAAGAAGGAUCAAAGCGGUGACGUGUCGGAGGCGGGAGGAUCUACAGGGGGGGAAGAAGAAACCGGAAGAAAGACGAGGUUGCUGGAGGCGAUCCGUUUGCCCCUCGUGUCUGUAUUUCCCCGCUCCAAACUCAGAUCUACUAAGGACCCAGAGAUCGGCCAGCAGGCUGGACUGGCAUCCAUGGAGACGCUGGAUGACAGCACGGGAGAGAAAACGGAGAAACUGACCAACGGAGAGGAUGGAAUGGAGAGCGUCAAACUGGACUCGGAGGAGAAGGUGGACCCUGAUAAGAAGGAAGAGUCCGAUGGAAAGCCGGACUGGAGGGGCCGUAUCCAUUCAUUGCCCAAGUUGAAAAUGAUUCUUGGUGGCAGUGUGAUAUUUCUGAUUUUGUUAAUCAUCAUUAUUGCCAUCGCCCCCUUUGGGUCCCGUAAUGAGAUGGCCCCUUCACCCAUCGUGGACGAGCACUUCAAGAUCGCCUACACGGCUUGCGGGCCUGUCGAAGGUUUGGUGGAGGACGGAGCAUUUGCCUUCAGAGGAAUCCCCUAUGCUGUUUCCCCAGUUAGGGAGAGGCGGUGGAAACCCGCUAAAGCUCUUGACAGCCUAGAGAGCUGCUGGGUUGGAGUUCUUCCUGUUCACAAUGCUACUCCAGCGUGCUGGCAAAUUUACUCCAGCAGUAGGUUGGACGGUGCCGAGGACUGCCUCACUCUUGACGUCUUCACUCCGCAGGUCCCCUACCUCAACCCGCUUCCCGUUGUAGUUCUCAUUGGGGCACAGUCCCUCAGCGGAGGUUCGCCAGGAGCACUGCAAGCAAGUGCGAGUCUGGCUAGAGCACAAGACGUUGUCUUUGUGCGUCCCAAUUUUAGGUUAGGGAUUCUGGGGUUCCUUGCUGCAGAAGCUAUAAAGAGAGAUAUUCAUCCGCCAACAUCGGGGAAUUAUGGGCUCUCAGACAUCGUCAUGGCGCUGAAGUGGGUUCAGCUGAAUAUUGAACACUUUGGCGGUGAUAAGAAAUCAGUGACUCUCCUGGGACACAGAGCUGGAGGAACACUAGUCACUGCUCUCACUGCCUCAAGAGAGUCCAAGGGACUGUUCAAAAAUGCCUGGGUGUCCAGUGGUGCGAGCAUACUCCCCGGUAAGGAGUUGAUGGAAUCUGAAAGGGACAAUGCGCAGUUCGUCGAAUCCCUAGAGUGCGGGGAAGACGUGGAGUGCCUACGUAACAUAGACGCAGAAGAGCUUCUGGAUGCUGUGCCUGAGCCCUGGAGACACCCACUGCAGGACCUGCCUCAGAGAGAUGACGAAGGAUCAUUUGCCAAGCACCAGUGGCUUGUCCUGGAUGGCAAGUUUCUUCAGGAGCAUGUGUCUGAUGCCUGGAAGUCAAACGGACUUCACGCAAAUCUCGUCAUGGGCUCCACCGUCCAUGCAGACAUUCCUCCGAAACUGCGCUCACAGAAUGAAAAUUGGACAGGAGAGACUGUUGUCAAUUAUGUGAGGUCGAGUGUUGUGGGCACCAAGAACCUGACAGGCGAAGCACUGCAGAGGUAUGGGGCCGACUGGCCAGGGUUAGUGGCCAUGAUCUCAGACAUCCGAACAGUUUGUCCACUGCUCUACCUAUCGCAGAGUCAGCAGGGCAAGGCCAUCCCCUUCUAUCUCGUAAACCACACGAGGGAUAACCCCGGCAUCGGCCCAGAGAAAUUGGCUGACGUUUCAGUGGAUGUGGAAGCAAUUUUGGGCCUGUAUGAGCCACAGACUCCAUCACAGGAAAGAUAUGUGAGGUCGAUACAGACGCUGUUCUUCAAUUUUGUGCGGUAUGGAGAAUUGAUGGACUUGGAGUCAGUUGGCGGUAAUCAGGUUUUUAUGAUUGACCAGGGUAUUACGCCCUUCAAGGACACCUCCAACUGUGGUGUUUGGUUUGCUAAUGACAUUGUACCCAGACACGGGAGAAUUGACUGAAGUGUUUGAAACGCAGUUGAAGAGAAUGCGCUGCAGCUAACGGAAGGUACUGAUGAAAUAUGUGUCAGCAAAGGGCCUACAUGCAACAGUACGUAGUUGAUCGGAUAACCGUAGGGAACGAUGACGCGAGCCCAGACUCUCUGGCAAAUUAGCAUAUUUUAGAUUUUGUAAUGAAGGAUUGCAUCUUUGUUUACUAAGUUUUUUGUACUGAGUGUUUCAGUAGUGAAUACCACCGUUCAAAGUACGGGAUCAGCGUAGCAAACUAAGACGAAGGCUUUCAGUGGAAAUGGGACGUAAUGUUUAGCGUCGUAUAAGAAGACAGUAAUGGGAUCGCAUACUGUUAACGAGAGAUGUCUGAAAUGGCCCUCGUGUGCCUGAAGACAUAUGAUCAUAUGAUGGUGGUCCUUCCUGGCUCAUGGGGUGUGUAACGCAAACACCAAAAGGCCCAAUAGGUCAAAACUUUGGAUGUUUAAUUUAAUAUAAUAUCGAGGAGGAUCGCGUUUAUAUCGGUUAUGCCAACAUCACCGAGAUUUCACGGGGAGACCUUCCACCUCCUGUAGCUGAAGCCAUAAGUAAGUAUUUAUGUACCACAUCCACCGAACGUUCAAGUGAUUUGUUUACAUCUCGGCACUCGUAAAAAUGUGUUUUAUAAAAAAAAAUUACUUUUGGAGUUGGGAUUAUGCAGUCCUACACAAUACUACAGAGGGGCUAUGUUUAUAGGCUUACAGUUCGUUUAACUUUAUGGUCAGUUUUCACGUUCAGAAUUAUUUUUGCUUUCCAAAUCACAGAGCUUCCUAAGAGCAGUGUAUUUUCGUAGAGAGAGACGUAUUAACGUAAUAUAAAUGUUUGGAUUUCCGUCGGACAACUGUGUUGUUUGAAAUUAAAUUCAACUUGCCUUCUCACCAAACAUUCGGCUUUCUUAUAUGACUGUUUCUAAUUAGAACUAUAUCAUGACGUGGUUAUUUAAAUAUAUUCUUCUUCUUCUAUGGCUGUCCGGUCCAUAUUCGGUCCGCGGCCUCCUCGAUUCUCAUCUUCCAGGUUAUUUAAAUAUAGUUGUUCAAAUUAUCAAUUUCAUAUAAAACAUUAUCUCAAUGCCACAAAUAAAUUUAUAUUUUGUUUAGAAACAGUGACAAACAAAAUUGUACAAAAGAGUAUGGAAAAUAUCUGUAACUUUUAUAACGAACUUUCUAACCGAGCACCACUUUUUUUAUAAAUGAUAGCAUGUGUGGAGUAAACAGUCAGAUCUUACAUAGAUGAAUCUUAUCUAAAUACUCUUAUAGUAAUUAAAAUAAUGUGUUAAAUGUCCAUCAGCUCCAGAAAUCAAUAACAGAAAUAAUUCCAGCGAAUAGUUAAAUGUUGGUAACCAUCAGUGUGAAAGAGAUAAGCAUAGAAGCUUCUCGGGCUACCGGCCGUGUCAGCAUUUCGAGAACCAUCUUCGUCAUUGUCCUCAGACGCUGAAGUUCGGUACCGAGGACGAAGAUGGUUCUAGAAACGUUGGGUGUUUCUUCCAACAACCUGACACGGCUGGUAGCCCAAGAAGAAUUUAGUAUUGUUUAAGAUAUUUGCCAUAACCUAUUUUUAUUCAUUACGGACCAAAUCUUAUAAAAUUACGCUCAUUGAGUUUUGUUUUGUAACAAAUUAAGGAAACAUUUUAUAGAAUCAGGGGAUCAGGAGUAAAUUUUACCUUGAUCGUAUGGGAACGGAAUUUAAAGACCUUGUACUGCAGGACUGCCGUCCAAACUUGAAGUCGCAACACACAUCCAAUGUGACUGCACAUACGCCACGAUGCACGGCUGAUAAAGGUUAAGGUUAAUGGGGAUAUAGCACUGAAGUACAAGUAUUUCAAUAUUUUAGUCCAGAAGCACUGUUAAACGUGUGUCAGUAGCAUACGGCAGUGUGGUCACACUUAGUAAGUACGUUUGUUAACUUGUUAGUUAACUGGUAGAUAAACAGGCUGAAAAAAUGCUUUAUGGUGGUACUACUGACCACAAAAGAUGUGAGACAAAGGCAGAUUUCGUUAGUAAUAGAUUUUAUACAAUUCUACAAGAAAAAGGAAAGUCUGAUCUCUGAUAUUGGUUACUUGGAUAAUAUUUAUAUUUAUUUUAUCUUGCUGUUUUUGUAGUGAAAAUUAGUGAUGAUCACAUAUGAUCCGUGGGCUGAUUUUACAAGGAUAAAGCUAUAUUUAUAAAUAAUUAAAAUAAUUUAGGUUUUGUUUAUUACAAUUUUUGAAAUUAAGCAAUU